CUCUUUCCACAGUUGUUCUGGAUGUGGCAGGCGAUUUGACGCCUUACUCCCACUCCUGAUCCAACGAUGGCCGAGGAAGGGUGAGUGCCGAGGCCCGCUGUGGCCUGCUGUGUGAAAGAGUAAUGGCAACACGUUACAUUUCUCAUUUCUGCUGGAGGUGUAAUGGAUGUUAACACCGCACUGCAAGAGGUGCUUAAGACUGCUCUCAUCCAUGAUGGUCUAGCACGAGGAAUUCGUGAAGCUGCCAAAGCUCUUGACAAGCGCCAAGCUCACCUGUGUGUGUUGGCUUCCAACUGUGAUGAGCCAAUGUAUGUUAAAUUAGUGGAAGCCCUUUGUGCUGAGCACCAGAUCAAUCUUAUAAAGGUUGAUGACAACAAGAAACUUGGUGAAUGGGUUGGUCUCUGCAAGAUUGAUAGAGAAGGAAAACCCCGCAAAGUGGUUGGUUGCAGUUGUGUAGUUGUCAAGGAUUAUGGCAAGGAGUCUCAGGCCAAGGAUGUCAUCGAAGAAUACUUCAAGAGCAAGAAAUAAACAUCUAAAAUAAAAAGUAUUGAGCCUGA